AUGAAGCGGGUUAGAGCUGCCCUUUUCCAAGCUCUAGCUUUAGCUGUUCUCUUGAAUGUACCAACUCUGGAGAAGGUAGACGCUUUUAUCCUACCCUUUUCUGCUUCCUCACUGGCAGCUCGUCCAGUCGUGAGUCGCCCAAUUCCCCCAACGGCCUCGCACUCGUCGUCAGUGGACGACUGCGGUAGUGGCGAUGCUACUAUUUUUUCCGGCGAUCCACCGCAGCUGGCCAAAGAGAUGGACAUUCGGGAACGGAUUCGAGCCGAGUCCUUUCUCCGCGUGAAUGGAGAAGCUGAGCUCAUCGUUCAAUGGAGUCGAAGAAUAGAUGAGUUAGAGCAAAGCGGUGUCCGCUUGGUUAUGGUGUCGAUCGGUAAACCCGAGAAAGGCCGUCAACUGAUUCAGCACUUGGAAAUUCCAAGUGGCGAGGAUUAUUUGUUUGUCGAUCCCGUGAACGCACUGUACGACGCCAUCAGUCUAAAUCGCGGAGUGGACCGUACCUUUUUUAACAUUAAUACGCCCCUUGCCUUCGUGGAACGCUUAACGAAAGAGGAUGGAAUGAAGGAUUUGGUGAACAUUCUCGGCAAAUGGUCUAAAGCGUUCUUCAUUCCCCCCAAAAAUGAGCAGGCCUUUCUGCAGGGAGGAACCUUUGUUUUCGACGGCGCCAAGACUUUAUUCGCGCAUUACGAUCCUUCGACUGCUUCCCACGCUUCUGUGGACAACGUUCUGGAGAUUGCUUAUAGAAAACAGAGUCUAGCGCCAGCAAAUCCCACCGUCAGUGACGCUCAUUUUUUCGACCCGCGCGCACGAAGUCGUAAAGCCUCAGCCUUCGAUGUGAAUCCGCACCGCGCAUCGCCAAUGGCAUUUCUCUUCCGUCAAUCAGUGCUAGACACUUUGCUUCCAAUUGCACGGUGUACGCGGGUAUCUGUGGACACUGAUAUAGUAAUGGGUUUGCCUAUGCUUGCACAGCUGGUUGAACGAGCCGUCAAGCAUCCAACGGUGAGCCGCGCGGCUCUUUUUUGGCCAAUGUCGCAUCGUUUUUUGUCGUCCCAACGACCGAAAACAACUUCGACGUCACUCUUUGACAGCGCGUCCGAUUUUAUGCAUUCGCUACGGGUCAAAGCCACUAACGCGCUCACUGCUACACUUUCGGUACAAGAACGAGAGCAGCUUUUCUCGCGACUUACUCCGCCUCAACAGGAAAAACAAGACGGCAAAACAAAUGAUGACAGGAUGGACAUGGAGCAUAGCAUUGCGGAAGCCGUUGCUGCAGCUCGUGCACAAGAAGCCAAGAAACAAGAAGACAAAUGGUCCAAGACGAAAGAAGCAAUUGAGAAAGAAGCUGAAAAAGCUGCUAGAGAGCGAGUGGAAAAUGAGUUUAAAAUUCAACGCCGAAGAAUAGAGUUUGAACGCUGGCAGACACAGGUCGAAGAAGAAAAACAACGAAGGAGCAACAAGUCGAAAGUAGAAGCAGCUCCUGGUCCGGUUACACGAGGUGAAGUCGUGGAACAAAGCGUGGAAAGCGAAAUAAACGUUCACCCGGUUCUGGGCGCAGCGAUUGCCGAUUUUGGACACAAGCGAAUUCAUGUGGUAUCCGCUCAUGCUUUAUCGACGAUUCCUGUCUGGAAAAAGCAACGAAUUUAUCGACACGAUCGCGCUAAGGCUAUGGCGAGUGACAAAAUGAAAACGCUGCAUUUAGGGAUGCCCGGAAUAAUAGGGUUGCACGAGGACCUGAAUGGGAAAUUAUCGAUUAUUGAUGGGCAACACCGUGUGGGAAUGAUGACUAUCCUUCAUGAAAAAUGUGCAUCGCAUGAUGACUUUGACUUGGAUCGAGUUCUAGUGGAAGUUUAUCCACAGAACCCUGAUCAUGUGGACACACAUGCUCAGGACCUUUUUCUCGAAGUGAACAAAGCCGAACCAGUCAAGUUGGUUGACAUGCCUGGGGUCGCCAAAGGAUCGGAUCGUAAAAUAAUUUCAGAAGGAGCUGAGCGGAUUGCCGAGAAGUAUGCGGAGAUGUUCAAAUCCAGUCAAAAAUGUCGCCCCCCUCAUUUGAACAUUGAUAAUCUUCGCGACGCACUGUUUGCGUCGAAUGCAAUAAAAAGGCACAACCUCAAAACCUCGAAGGCUGUAGAAGCUUGGAUGCUCGCGAAAAACCAAUCUUUGGCUGAUCUCUACAAGGACCCAGCUGAACAAGAGAAGGUUUCUAAGACGGCUUACGAGAAAGCAAAAAAAUUUGAAUUCUACUUGGGACUUGACCUUAGUUGGCUGUACAAAUAAAGCAUGGCGUGUCAAAAUUCC